AUGCACCCUGGCGCAUUGUGUUCUGUUAUUGAGGCUGCAGGAAUGACGACAUUCGCGGACUUGGUCGGCGCCGCGUCGGCCGUGGCUGGAGUCCUGCUCAACGGCUACGUCAUCCUCGUCCUGGCCUGCACUCGUCAGCAGCAGAAACUUUUCAAAAGGACCGUCAGAAAACUUUGGUCCGAUGACCACGGGUUGAGGAACACUGUGCUAACAGGUCAAGUGAGAAAAUAA